AUGCUGGGAACCGUCGCUUCUCCCCGGCCGGGCUCGCUGUUUUCUCCUCCGCUCGCCGUCAUCAAGCCCAGCUAUGAGCAGGGCUUUAAAUCCUCCCUCCCUCACCCGCAGGUUUACCGAGCAGCCCCGGAGCUCUCAGAGAUGCUGCGCUGCGGCGGCCAGAGGAGGGGUAGGGGCAUUGCCCUCUGCAGCCUAGUGCCCAAAUUGUCACUCAUCCGGUCUGGUGCCGGUGUGAAAAGUAAUAUGAAUGUGAAAUACUGUGGGAAAAUGGAGAGUUUCCAAAGCAGGCAGCGAGGCCCCUCCGCUGGCGGGCCUGGAAGGCCAGAAUCCCUGCUGCCCCGAGUGCGGCUCCGGGAGGCGCUGCUACUGGCCGAGGACUGCAGAGGGAAUGUCGGGGAGGGGGAGAUGGGUGGAGGACUGCAUCGGAGCAGCCGGGUGGUGGUACGGCUGGUAGCAGAAGGUGCAGAUGGUGCCAGGUUUGGAAACACACCCCACUGCAUAUUAUUCCACUUCACGAGUACUAAGGAGGAGUCCAGAAUUGGUGGCCGUCCUCCCUCUUGUUUUCUCAUGCAAAUAACUCAACACUCUAAUCGUAAAUCAAAGCUCCAGGGCCUACUUUUGCGAGGGGCACUGGAGAAAGAAGAGAGGAAUGCGCGGGGUCGAGACGGAGUCGGUGGCGGGGGCCGCAGCGCUUUGCAAAGCCGGCCUCUGCCCCCGGCCUCCUUGGAGGGCGGUAGCGGGACCUGCGCUCGCAGCUCCUCCCCAGGGCUGUGCGCUUCGGCCUGGCGGCUGCCGGGCAAAAACCUCAUUUAUUUCCUUCCUUCCCGAGUGAGCUCACUUCCUCCCCGCGCCGCUCCCUUCCGUCGGCCGGAACCCGCUCCUGGGCCGCGCGGCUGCAGCGGGGAGCGCGGACUCGGGGUGCCGGGCGGUGUCCGCGCCCCUCCCCACCCCAGGGCCCUUCUCGGGGGAGAUAUCCAGGAGCUGAAAGAGAUUCCUCAGGAGGAAGUGGAAACCUCUGAAAGGAGAGGAAACCGCCUCUUUUGCAAGAAAACUGAGCGCCGGCUGGAAGGCCUAAGGAAAGCAGCCGAUGGCUCCCAAGACAACUCUGCCCGUCCAGUACACCAGGGCAACUUCAACCCCACUAGGACCCAGGCCAAAACCAUAUAUAUAUGUGUAUAUAUAUAUAUAUAUAUAUAUGAAUUAACGCAAAACAGAGCCACUUUGGUGCCUACCCCUCCACAAGUAGGUAGGCACAUCCAGGUAGCUCUGUCAGCAGAUGGGACCUGGCGCCUUGCAGGGGUAGCCCUAUGGAGAUCCAGAAGCCCCGUUUCGAGCUACGAAGUCUCUCUUCUACUGCAGUCUUCUCUCCAGCGUGGAGAUCUAGCAACUUCCCUCCCCCUGGGAUUCCCUGUGAAUCCACUCUAGUCGGGAUAUAGCCUCUCUACAACCCAGUGACGCAGCGCGCCAAAACCGAGUACCCACCCCGGCAACUGGAAGACCUAGCUGUCCUCCAUCCCGCCUCCGCAGUCGAUAAUCUCCAGGAUCCAAGCAAAGUGCCUGUCCACGUUGUCACCAGAUCCACAAGCGCUUUUGAUGAGAGCUGCUACCCUUUUGGAAACACGAUUCCCUCUCCCUAAUAGAGAAGAAUCUAUUCUUCUGGGCUGGCGUAUACAAAGAAUAACCAAGAUAAAGUAUGUGGUGUGAAAAUA